AAAAAAGAAUAAUAAUAAUUAAAUUCAACAAAAUAUAAGAAUAUGCAGAAAUUAGGUCGUUUAUUAGCUAUUACUUUUUGUAUACUUUAUUUAAUUAAAGGAAAUUAGUAAAUUAAUAAUUGUGGAAUUUAAUAGAUUGUUUACUCAGAUCCUCAGCAUUUAAAUCCUUAUAUUAUUUGCACAGAAUGCUCAUAAGGGUAUAUAGUUAAUUAUGAUUUUAAGUCAUGUAUUAAGGCAACCACUCUUCCAUUGGGUAUAUUUUAAUAUUGUAAAAGACUUGAUAGAAACAGAUAAUGCGAUGAGGCUCUUUGUACUAUUUAAAUUGACUAAAAUGAUCUUUUUGUAAGGGAAAACCCAUAUUAAUAUGAUCCAAGAUGUGCAAAGAUAGAUACUAUAAAUUAAAUAUGUAUAUCACCCAGAUUUCCUUACACUCUUGAAAUAGCAACAAAUCAAAUAUUUCAUUACGCUAAUAGUUUUUGCAAAAUACAAUAUUACAAUGGCUGUAGGUAAAACUACGAAACAUUCUACUAAUCCAUAUCGAAUUAACUAUAUUUUACUCUGGUGAAUUUUAUUAAUCCAGAUCUAAUUGAUUAAAAAACCAUUUACAAAGAAUAAAUAAAAUGCCUGCCAAAUUUUACUUACCAACAAGUAAGCAAAUAAUUCAUUGUUGAAGGAUGCUAUCCAGUUUCAUAAACUUGCUCAAAUGUAGACAUUAACGGUUUUUGCAAAUGUCCUGAUGAUCAGGCAGUUGAUUCAACAGGCUCUUAAUGUUUAGCUUAUUAGAAUUGUUAGAUUGGAUAUGCGAAUAAUAUAAAUUAAAUAAAGUAUUGUAUUUAAUGUAAAUAUGGAUACAUCAAAUAACCUUAUUAAGCAGAUUGUACCCUACGAUGCAUUGAAGAUACUGCUAAUUAAAUAUGCAAAUACUGCUAUACUGGUGAUUAAGGAUAGUUAUACUAUGGAUAGUUUUGUGAUUAAGUUAUUGUAAGUAGAACUGAUUCUAAUUGUUAAAUUACAAAUUCUUCAACUGGAGAUUGUGUUAAGUGUAAUGAAUAAUUCUUCUACUCUAUAAUUGACAAAAUUUGCAAGUAUAGAGCGAGAUCUAAUGGCUGUUAAUAUCUAAAUCCUGUUUCUGACUAGUGUUUAACUUUGUAAUGCGCUUAGAAAUAUUAAUUAAGUGAUUAACUAGCAUAAAUUUUGUGGUAGAAAAUUCCAAAGAAUCUAAAUUCACAAUUCUCAGACCCUCAAAAUGUUAUCCUUUUGAAAUAUUACUUAAAUUAAUACUUUGCUUAACCAGACACUGUGAAAAGUGGGUUCUUUUAAAUCUCAAAUAACCUCAUUGAAAUAUUUAGCGAAAAAAUUGAUUUAACUAAUUUAAACUUACUUUCAGAUAUUUACUACUACAACGAUAUCGGUACAAAUAUUUGUUAGCCUAUAUAUUACAAUAAUUAAGUACCAAACUGUAAAACAUUUUUUGCAGGUUUGUGCAUUGAAUGCGAAAAUAGUGAUGUCUAUUAUUAGUAAAUUGGUCCUGCUAAUCCAGUGUAAACUUUUUUAUAUGUUUAUAAUAGCUUUUGUGGGUAAUCUGAGGAUUGGUACAUUCCGAAUUGUAAAGUUUUAUCAGGUGAUAUGAGUAGCUGUAUGGUUUGUAAGGAAGGUUAUAUUUUUAAUAGCAGUAAUUAAUGUGUGCUUGGAAAUAUUCUGAAUUGCAUUUUCUAAGAUAGUCAAGGAAAUUGUGUUUUCUGCAAAUAGCAAUAUGUACUUAGUAAUAAUAAAUGCUACUUUAUUUCUAAAAACUGUGCAUAAUAUACCUUUGAUGACUAAAAAAAUGUUUUAUGCACAGCAUGUAAAGACACAAAUACUUUUUAAUUAGUUUAAAAUACCUUACAAAAAGUUUAGUCAUGUUAGCUUUUGAAUCCCUUAGUUUAUCAGCCUUGUCAGUUUAAAGUAGAUGGAACAUGCAAAUAAUGCGAUAAGGGAACAACAUUAAAUUAGUAAACCUAUCAAUGCGAUAUUAAUCAAGAUAAUCCAUAUUAUUGCUAAUCACCAGUAGGCAGCAAUUCUAAUUUAUGUAAUUAAUGCUAGAAUGGUUACAUACUAGAUAAGGGAAUUUGCUUUCCUUAAAGUGGAAGUUGUUCCUAUUAUAAGCCUUUAUCAACCUCAUAUUAAAAUAUUUGUGAUUACGAAAAUCCUCAAAAUCCAUAAAAUCAGCUAUGUUAAUUCUUUAAUUAGUAAGGCUAAUAUUUAGCCUAUGACUAAAAUUAUAAGAUUUUUGUUUAGAAAAGCUGUAAUAUCACUGAUAGUUAAAAUUGCUUUAAGUGUUCUCUGAAUAUGUGCUUAGACACUCCUGAUACAUGUGGUGUUGGAAAAGGAUGGAGUAAAACUUUCAAUCAAUGCUUUGAAUAAUGCUUAGAUGAUAAACUCUUGAUUGAUUUGCCUCAAAAUCCUUAAAAGAUGUGUAAUUAUAAAAGAAGAUGUGAUAUAUCCAAAAAUAUUAUUUCUAAUAUGUUUUAAUGCUCUGAUUGUAGUUUGGUAAAAACUAUAUAUGAAUGCAUCCCACAAUAACAAAACAGUGUUUAGUGUCAAAAUAAUUACUUUUUCUAAAAGGGUUAAUGCAUGUAUAACUGUGGAAAAGGAAAAAUUUCUUAUGAUUAAUCUUAAUGCCAAUAUUCCUAGCUUUGUUAGGAAGGUUUAACAUGGAGUUAUGAAUAUAAUCAAUGUGUUUAUAAAGAGUGUAAUAAAAAUAUUACAGCUGUUAAUUAGUCAUGCCUAAAACAAUAAAAAAUCUAAAUUAUAUAAUCUUAGUUACCUAAUGAUUAUAGAUUUUCAAAAUACUACGUCGGACUAGCAGUUAUUCUUGUUUUUUUAGUAUUACUACCAAUUUUUUAUUUUGUGAUAUUGAAAAUGGCUACAAAAUUACAUCAAUAAACAAGAACUUUUAUCAAAUAAUUAAGAUUAGUUAAAAAUGCUUAACAAAUGAAUAAUGUCUAAAAUUCUGAUAAAAACAUAUAAACGAGUUUUUCAUAUAAGUAGAAUUCUUAGGAUAAAAUAGAAGUACCACUUGAUGAACAAAACAUAACGGGAAUCAUAGUGUAAACGUCAUCAAAUAAUAUUCCCAGCAAAUAAAACAUAGUUGAAGAAGCUAAAAAUAAGUAAAAUUAAAUAGAGAUCAACAUUUAAAUGUAUACGGAGCAAGAUUAAGAUGUUGGUAGUCCCAGCAAUUUAGUAUAAAUUCAAUCUCAUAGAAGAGAAAACAGUGGAUCACUUUUUAAUUAAGUUGAAAAUUAGAGUUGA